GCACAGGAGUCUGAUCACCGGAGAAAAGACGCACAGGUCGAUGGACUUUCAGCUCUAAACAGUUUUCACUCAUCACUGACAUCUCUUUCAACAACAUGGAUGGCUCAAGGAGACUUGUUAUCUUGGGGAAAACUGGAUCUGGGAAAAGCAGCCUGGUGAACACCAUAUUUGGAGAGGACAUAUGCAAAAUCAACCAUACUUCCAAAUCUGAAACAAGUGAAUGCAAAGCAGAAACCAAAUGUGUUAAUGGAAAGAGCCUCACUUUGAUCGACACUCCUGGUUUCUUCGACACCAACAUGUCAGAAAAUGGUCUGGAGCCUGAGAUAGUGAAGUGUAUUGUUGAGAGCGCCCCUGGGCCUCAUGCUUUUCUCAUUGUGUUUAAAGUGGAGAAAUUCACAGAGCACGAACAGGCAGUCACUACCAAAAUAACAGAACACUUUUCUGAAGAAGCUUUAAAAUUUGCAACAGUUGUCUUUACUCAUGGUGAUCAGCUCCAAGAAGGACAGACAAUUAAAGAUUUUGUCUCCAAGGAUCAGAAUCUGAGUGAUCUGGUGAAGAAGUGUGGAGGCCGCUGCCAUGUCAUCGACAACAAAUAUUGGAAAGAAAAGCCAAAGGAUGAAUACAGGAGCAACCAGUUCCAGGUGGAGGAGAUACUUAAGACAGUGGAGAAGACGAUAAAGGACAACAAGGAUGGCUACUACACCAAUGAGAUGCUUCAAGAAGUGGAGAACAAAAUACAAGACGAGAUGGAACCCAUUAGAAAGUCAUCAAAAAACAUGUCAGAGGAAGAGAUCAGAGAAAAGGCUAAGCUUAACGUCUUUAAGAAGCUUUUGAUUCUAAUGACAGGUACAGCAGUAGGUAUAGUGUUAGGAGCUUACUUUGGUGUGAAAGUAAUGAUCAAAGCAGUUCUUAAAAUAAUGAAAGGUCUUAAAGACAUGAAAGAAUCACUUUCAGAAAUUUCAAAGUUAGCAGCAGAAACAGCAGCUGGAAAAGCAGCUAGAACAGCAGCUGGAAAAGCAGCUGGAAAAGCAGCUAAAACAGCAGCUGGAAAAGCAGCUAAAACAGCAGCAUUAACAAUCCCAUCAGUAGCAUUCAAGGCUUUAGCAGUGACUGCUGCAGUGGGAGGUGUGGCAGGAGGUGUGACAGGAUAUCUUGCAGUUGAGGAAGCAGAAACAAUGCAGGAAGCAGCAGAGAAGGCGGCAGAUGCAGUCACAGAACGAGCCCAAGAUAUCUUAAAAAGAAUAGAUGAGAUGUAG